UAAAGGGAGCCUUUGGUUAUCCGCUUCUCCACCAGCUUGGGGUCUCAAAACUUUCGAGAGAUGGCCGAGAUAGCCACGGUAAUUAUCAAGGUUGACCUGCAGUGCUGCACCUGCUCCAGGAAGAUCAAGAAAGCUCUGUGCAAGCUCCAAAAACGGUUCAACAUCCAAUCAAUCGUCUUUGACGAGAAGAAGAACACCGUCACAGUCUCCGGCCCCUUCAACCCUCAGCGCUUCAUCGAGAAGCUUCGCUGCCUCGCAUGCAAGGUGAUCAAAGACGUCCAGAUCAAACCGCCGCCGCCGCCGCCGACACCGCCGAAGCCACCGCCGCCGCCGCCGCCUGAGCAGAAGCCACCCGUGUGUGUUUGCCCGCCACCCGUGUGUGCUUGCCGGCCCCCGGUGUGGCCCUCCUGCUGCAAACAGCCGUGCCCCUGCUUCGAUCCGCGCCAAGGGUGCCGCCGCUGCUGCACCUGCGGCUGGAUCUGCGACGUCCCGUCAUUGCCACCAUGUAGGCCCAUUCCACUCCCGUUGCCGGAGGCCGUGGUGAGGCCGCCCAUGUGUGGUUUCCCGCCCACGGGGUGGCCCGUCUGCUGCAAACAGCCGUGCCCCUGCUUCGAUCCGCGCCAAGGGUGCCGCCGCUGCUGCACCUGCGGCUGGGUCUGCGACGGCACCCCGUCGUCCGCCGCCUGCCGUCCCGGUUGCGAGGUUGGCGGCUGCAAGAUCAUCGUCGGGCAGGAGCCUUGUCAGUCCUGCUCUAUUAUGUAAUUUCCUAUACUUAUAGUUAUUCUCGUUGCAAGAUGUUAUUGCGUAACAGUAAUAGUUAACGGAUAAGAAGGUGGACUGAGGUAAACGUCAUGUGACUUCCUCUGUCAGUCAUGUACGUAAUAUAAUAUGUGAUGAUAUAUGUUUAUGCUGUUAUAUCUCA